AUGGUGUCCUGUGCUGUUGUCCUCCUGGGCCCGUUCUGGAUCCAUAUUCUGACGGAAGCCUGCUGUGAAGAGGAGCUGCCGCGGGAGGCCGUGCUGGCCGGGUUCAGAGAGCGAGUUCUGGAGAGCCUGAGGCUGGAGGAAGCCCCUCUUUCCACAGCACGGGGUCCUGAUGGUGAUGUGACACCACCGGAGACGAGGCGCAUGCAUCAGAGGGUCCCCAGGACGAGCAGAACCAAAUGGGUCAGUCCAGAAACCCGUCCAGAGCAGGAGGCGUCCCAAAUGAUUCUGUUCCCCGGCUCUGACUCCAGCUGUGCCACAUCUGGCUCCUCUCCAGGAGAAACUACAAACACACGCUUCACGUAUUACUUCCAGCCUUCCAUCAGCAGCCACGACACUGUGGCCACAUCUGCCCACCUCUGGUUCUACGCCGGAGCAGCAGCCCCGGCCAGUUCCUCCUCCUCGCUGUUCAUGCUCACGUCAUCCCAGCAGCUCCUUCAGGCAGCAGAGGGUCCAUCAGCCACGAGCCCUGACGGGUGGCUCACCUACCGCCUGGACCCAAACCUGCUGACCCUGGUGGCUGAGGGUCCUUUCCUGCUGCAGGUCCACUGUCCAGCCUGCCAGUGCCACGCAAACCAACAGGACAAGACGCCCUUCCUCCACGUCCACAUCCGGCCUCGUGGUCCCGUCCGCUCGCCCCGCCACGCGGCAGCAACCAUCCCCUGGUCUCCUUCUGCCGUCUACCUUUUCCAGCGGCCCUCUCAGGUGAGACCCGAGCACAGCGACUGCCACCGAGCGGGGAUCGAAAUCAGCUUUGAGGAGCUGGGAUGGGACAGCUGGAUCGUCCAUCCGAAGGCGCUGACUUUCUACUACUGUCACGGGAACUGCUCGGCCGCGGAUCGGACCAUGGCGAUGCUGGGGGUCAGUCAGUGCUGCGCUCCUGUCCCGGGCUCCAUGAAGUCCCUGAAGAUCACCACGACAUCUGACGGCGGCUAUUCCUUCAAAUACGAGACCCUGCCAAACAUUAUACCUGAAGAGUGUACGUGUAUCUGA